AAGAUCUAAAUCCUCCUAAAGAUCCAAAUACCAAAGGUCCAAAUCCUAAAGAUCAAACUCCUCCAAAAGAUCCAAAAAAUCAACCUCCAAAAGAUCCAAGUACUCCAAAAAUUCCAGCUAAAUCACCACAAAAAAACGAUAGCAAAGAAGCUGACGAUACGACAGAUAAUACAUUACCCAAAGAUGACAAAGAUGACCCAGACCAAGCUGCAGCUCAAGCCCAAGCUGGUAGUACUCCAACAGUUAAUACUGGUCCUCUUUCAUCAUCAGCCAUUGGUGGUCUUGCUGCUGUUGGUGGAGUAUUCGUUUUGGUGGGAGGUCUGUUUGCCUUUAGUCAGCGAAGGAAAAACAAUGAAAUGACAAAAAGUAUCGUGUCCAGCUCAGCUAAAGCCUGGGAACAACAAAAUUCCGCAUAUGAGGUAUUGGAAGAGGAAGCCAAACCAUUAGGCUCAUAUAAAGUCAUUGCAACAUAUUCACCAACUUUGGCUGAUGAAUUGGAUAUACAACCAGGAGACACAGUCACAAUAUUGGUUGAAUAUGACGAUGGAUGGGUACAGGGUAUUAACGAAACACGUGGUGGAAUAAAAGGUGUUUUCCCCCGUCAUUGUGUGGAUAUGAAUCGUGCCUCUAAUAAAGCAAAUAAAAAUAAUAAACGAUCAAGUUCUAUGGGAGGAUAUACGGAAAGAUACACAGAAGUGGAUCUUAGCUAAGUUCUUAGGUUACUUUACAAUUAAUUCUUAAAACCUUAUCUUCACUCCUCCUUAAUUGUUGGCAGAAUAAAUUUUAUAAAUAUUCUCCGUCCUCAUCCUCGUGCAUACAGUUAAUUUAAUUAUAUAUAUAAAGCAUAGCAUUAGAGCAAUAAAUGACAUAAUAAAAUCUCAUCAUUCAUUCCAAAAUGCUUCAUAGUCUAAUCUAAUAUAUAUUUUCGGUAAACAUUGAACUAAAAUUACACAUUACGCGGGUUUAUAAAUUUUCACUAUUAAUUUCAUUUUAACGGAGAAAAAUAAUAUAAUUUUUUCUCUUUUGUGUUUUGAAUUUUUUUUCUUAAUAUUAAUUUUUAUCUAUUUGUUUCUUUCCUUAUUUUUGUGUUUGGAUACUAAUUUCAAAAUUAUAUUUCACACCAACUAAUGGUUGUAAUAUUAAAGGUAUAGAAUUUUAAU